GACAUAAAGAGAUCAAAGAAGAUGCGCCAAUUGCACAUGUUUUAUUAGCAACACAACAAAUUCUUCCAGAAUCGAUCUGCAUCCUCUCCCAACGCAGACCUUUAUUCAGGAACCACUUCCUUGACUCAAACGGUGUUUUGGCUCACUUGGUCAAAAAGGUUUUCCGACCCCUGCCAUAGAAGACCAGAGAAUAUGACUACAAUUAAGUUUGGGAGCAGCAUUGGAUCUUGUCGUCAGGGUGGAACUGAUGUGGGAACAUUUGAUGAAGAACCUGAGAUCAACAACUGUGAUCCAGAUAAACUUGUCCAGUGUCCGUUUGACAAGAGCCACCAGAUUAGAGUUUGUCGCCUCUCUUACCACCUUAUGAAAUGCAAGAAGAACCAUCCGCAACUUGCCAAGGAGUUGAAAACUUGCCCCUUCAAUGCUUGCCAUUUGGUCCCAAAGCACGAGCUGGCCCAACACACUAAAACCUGUCCCAACAGAACUGCACUGUUCACAAAGGAGGAUGGAAAUGACAAAUGGGGAAAAAGGGAUGUUCCGGUCAUGUCUCAGGCUCAGUUCAAUGCAGACAUGAGCGAAGACUGGGAAAAGGAGAUCGACAAGGCAGCCGUUCCGUUUAUUUGGAGUGCAGAACUAGGGGCCUUCACACAACAGGGACCACAAUUUGAGGCCCCCAGUAGUUUAGGAGCAAACCUGCGUGGACCCAGUUCUCUCCCAUGGUAGCUGUUCAAGAAACUUUGUUUUCAAUUGUUGCCUGAUUUUCUGACCAUGUUUUAAAUUGUUUAGUGUUUUACACCAUCAUUAGUAAUUAGUUUAUUCUUCAAAUGUUUAGCAUGACACUUAAAUACUGUAAUUCAGGCCCAAUAAAUAAAAGUUACUUCGACUAUAUGAUC